UAUUAAAUAUACACACCCCUACGCGUUUACCAAGCCCCUAAAUAAAGUAAUCAAUCAAAUUAACACACUUCAACUACCAAACUCCAUCUAUAAAUCUCGAGUCACAUUCAUAACAAUCACAAACAAAACCAACUCUAGCAAAAAAAAAUCCCUAGCAAAAAAUUGAAAGCAAAAAAAAAAAAGAUGAGAACAAGUAAUCACUUAAUUGGAGUACUAAACUUCCUAACAUUUUUACUCUCAAUUCCAAUCCUAGGUGGUGGAAUCUGGCUAAGCAGCAGAGCAAACAACACAGAUUGUUUAAAAUUCCUUCAAUGGCCACUAAUCAUAAUUGGCAUAAGCAUCAUGGUUGUUUCAUUAGCCGGUUUCGCGGGGGCGUGUUAUCGGAACACUUUUCUUUUACGUUUCUACCUUGUUGUCAUGUUCUUAAUUAUUGCAGUACUAAUUGGAUUUAUAAUAUUUGCUUAUGUUGUAACGGAUAAAGGAGAAGGAAGAAGGAUGAUGAAUAGAGGGUAUUUGGAUUAUAAUUUGAAUGAUUAUUCUGGUUGGUUAAAGGAUCGUGUUAAGAGUGAUGAGUAUUGGGGGAAGAUUAGUUCUUGUAUUAGAGAUUCUAAAACUUGUAGGAAAUUGGCUAGGAAUUUUAAUGGUGUUCCUGAGACUUCUGAUAUGUUCUUUCAAAGAAAACUCAAUCCUAUUCAGUCUGGUUGCUGCAAGCCUCCAACAGAUUGUGGCUAUAUGUAUCAAAAUGAAACAGUAUGGAUCCAAGGAGGAGGACUAAUGGGAACCAAUCCUGACUGCACUAAAUGGAACAAUGACCAACAACAGCUUUGUUAUGAUUGUGAUUCUUGCAAAGCUGGUGUACUUGGUAGUCUCAAGAAAAGUUGGAGAAAAGUUUCAGUAAUCAAUAUUGUUGUCAUGAUCAUCCUUGUAAUUGUUUACAUAAUUGCUUAUUAUGCUUAUAGAAACAACAAAAGGAUGGAUAAUGAUGAACCUUAUGGUGAAGCAAGAAUGACAAAGUCACAACCUAGUGCUUUUCAUCUUUGAUUAAUUAACUAAACUUUGUGGCUUUUAGUUAUCUAUUUUAGGAUUUUGGGAAUUGGCUUUGUUUUGUAUCAAACCUUUGUAGUGUGUAUGACUUUGGUUUUAAUGUUGCAAGGUGAAAGGUUUAUUGUAUUUAUUAUAUUUGGUUACA